UGGCAUCAUGUGGAAAUGCGUCAUUUACUCCUGUGGCGUUCGUUGGGCAUCUCCUUGUCCGCAGCUCCUCCAACCCCAUAUAAGUCCCUCGCGUCCACCAAAGACGACAUCUCCUUCCAUCAAAGCUAAUUUGUCUAAUAACAGUAUGUCUGAGCAAACUGGAAAAUUUAUCGUCGUCUUCAAAGACUCUGCCACCAAAGAAGAGAUUGAACAAUACGCCGAAAAAGUCAACAACAAUGGCGGCGAAGUCACAAACAGAUACGAUGGCGUUUUGAACGGCUUUGCUGCCAAACUCACCCCGCAGCUGGCCAGCAGCUUUCAGGGUGACAGUAUCAUUGACUAUAUCGAACCAGACGGAAUUGUAACUACCCAGUGAUAACGUCCAUCAUGUACGGCUUCGGCGAUCUUUGUAAUC